UCCCACUUUCCAUUCCUCAUAAAUAACACUCAACCUAUUUUGCCGCUUCUUUCUCCGUUCGAUGUCUACCUGGCAUGAAACAAUUUCUCCAAUUCGUGUCUUCAACCCCUUUCAAUCUUACCAGUGUUCAGAAGCAUUUGAAUAACAAGACAUUGGCUUUUUGUCUAAGUGUUAAAGCAAUGGGGUCUAAAAGAGUGAAAAGACCAUUUUCAAAUUUAUCAGAACCCAUUUCAUCAUUUGUUGAGGUUAAGAAGGAUAUCAAGCUCAAAGGGUUGGAAGCUAAACCAGGUUCCAAGCAGCAUGUUGUUAAGGAAAAUGAUGUUGAUAGCUAUUCCAUUGAGAUUGAGAGAUUAAGAAAUGACCCGACCGUAGUAGACACCAUGACUGUUCCUGAACUCCGGAAGACAUUGAAGAGUAUAAGGGUCCCUGCCAAAGGUCGUAAAGAUGAUCUUUUGUCUGCAUUGAAGAGUUUCAUUGACAAUAAUAUGUGUGAACAAGAUUCUCAAAUUAGAGAAGAACAAGGAAUGUUAAUUUCUUCUGAAAAUACAUCUUUAGAAAUGAAAGCUAAAAAGGUAUCAGGUGAAGAGCCUGUGGAUGAUGAUUGUAAUGAUGCUCUAGAGACAGUUGAACUUGACCGGGGUAAGAGAAGGUUAAAACAAUCAGAACCCAAAAGCAAAAUUGUCAAAGCAACAACCAAAAAGAAGCUGUUAGUUAAAUCAGAUGAGGUUUCAGAUUUUAAGCCUUCCAGAGAAAACAGAAACACAUCUACGGAUGUUGUAAGCAUUGUAGCACAAUCAGAUGAAAUCAGUACAACCACUAUUCAAACCGAAACAUGGACUGUUCUUGCUCAUAAGAAACCUAAAAAGGAUUGGGUUGCGUAUAAUCCUAGAACUAUGAGACCCCUACCACUUUCUCAGGAUACAAAAUCUGUCAAGCUUUUGUCUUGGAAUGUCAAUGGAUUGAGAGCAUUGCUAAAAUUAGAAGGAUUCUCAGCUCUUCAACUUGCUGAAAGGGAAGACUUCGAUGUAUUAUGCUUGCAAGAGACUAAAAUACAGGAGAAGGAUAUCGAGGAAAUAAAAAAGCGACUGAUAGAUGGUUAUGAGAAUAGCUUUUGGACAUGCAGUGUUUCUAAACUUGGUUAUUCUGGAACUGCAAUAAUCUCAAGGAUAAAGCCUCUGUCAGUUAAAUAUGGCCUUGGUAUAUCUGAUCAUGACAGUGAGGGUCGACUCGUGACCGCAGAGUUCGAUACAUUUUAUCUGAUAACCGGAUACGUGCCUAAUUCUGGAGAUGGCUUGAGAAGACUGUCUUAUAGGGUGGACGAAUGGGAUCCAGCUCUCAGCAAUUAUUUGAAAGAGCUGGAAAAGUCAAAACCUGUAGUUUUGACUGGUGAUCUGAAUUGUGCUCAUGAAGAGAUAGACAUAUACAACCCUGCUGGUAACAAAAGGAGUGCUGGGUUCACGGAUGAAGAGAGGAAAUCAUUUGAGACAAACUUCUUAUCAAGGGGAUUUGUAGAUACCUUUAGAAAGCAGCAUCCUGGUGUUGUUGGAUAUACUUAUUGGGGUUAUCGGCAUGGUGGCCGCAAGAAUAACAGAGGAUGGCGUCUUGAUUAUUUCCUUGUCUCAGAAUCCAUAGUUGACAAAGUUCAUGAUUCGUACAUUCUCCCUGAUGUCGUUGGCAGCGAUCACUGUCCAAUCGGCCUUGUUAUGAAGCUUUAAAUCUGCAAUUGAAGAACUGGCUUUGAACUUGUAAAAAAUGUUUUUUGUUGAAGAAGAUCAUGUAAAGAAUGCUGAUUUAUGAGUAAGCAGGGAUUUUUGCUUUUUUUUUUCCUUGCAUCAUCUUGUAUAAUUUUGCUAUCCUUGUACAUACUUACUAUCCAUGAUCAUUGUCCCUAGAACAGAACAUACAGAGGUUUGAGCGUCUAUGGAAAAUUUAAAAAUAUGCUAUGGAUUGGAUGAUUAA